GGACUAUAUGUCAUGGCCUUUGGGUGGUAUCACACGAGAAGACGAUGGCGAUUUUACUGCUCGGUACUUCUAAUCCUCUCCGUGGUCGUGUUUUUCUCCCUUACAAUAUUUAUUCAACAUGACAUGAAGGAUUUCGAAAAUCUCGGCAACUUCGAUUCACUGCAAGAUAUCCAAGAAUUUAUCAAUAUGGUAAACUCCACGUAUAACGCUGUCAGAAUUCAGGAACGUAUUACGCUAGAGGAUGGAAGUCACAUCGUUGUGGCCGAUAUGCUUUUAGAUGACAGUGAUCCAGAACAUAAAAAUGUAAACGCUCUCCGAGUCAUUGAAACGCUUGAAGUAGAAGAUGGUGUGCACUCUGCAUUUCGGCUCAUUUUACCUUCAGAACUUUCAAAAAGGAACAUCGACACAAGCAGAUGGAAAGUUGACCACAGUUAUAUCCAGCCAAAUACUUACUAUCACAUCUGCGCAGAAACUAUAUUUUACUCCGAAGCUCUGAGAUUCUCACGUGACAGUGAAGCUAAUGUACUAUUAUUGGGUCUUGGUGGCGGAAUAAUGGAUUGCUUUUUGCACUACCAUUUUCCGAAGAUUAAUAUCACUGUUGUUGAAAUCAGUGCACAAAUGGUGUACGUGGCCUAUAAAUGGUUUAAUUUCGAACAAGAUAAUUAUCAUCACCUAGUGAUUGCGGACGGCGUUGAAUUUGUGAAACAGCAAGCGCUGAAAGGCGUACACUACAAUGCCAUUAUCUUGGAUGCAUGUUAUUCAAAAUCAUCGCACAAAAUUCUAUGUCCAACCGAUGCUUUUCUCAAAAGAAGUUCUAUCCGGUACCUAUCAAAUCUAAUAUCUGAUAGAGGAGUCAUAGUCAUAAACGCUGUACCAGGCACAAUUACUGCGAGCGAGGAGUGCGAGCUUCUGAUGGAAUCAUUCUCAGAGUUUUUCCACUACUGCGACACGAGAAACACAACAGGAGAAAACGAAGUAGUUUACUGCAUGCAUCAACCACCUGUCUUCCAAAAGCACAUUGAUCUUCUCAGCGUCAUGAAAAACUCUGUUUAAUGGAUUAUACUUCAUUCGAUUAAAGAAGUACGAAAAUAUCAUUUUCAUAUCUGAAACUGAAAGUUUGAAGAAAGUGUUGACAGUGGGCAUCGGCUUUUCUUCAAAAGAACGUCAGCUCAUAGUUUCAAGUGAUAAAGUCUCGUGCAAUUUGUUUGCUCUUCUAAGCUGCCAGGCCCUCCCUCCGCAGCCCACUCCAUUCUUUUCGUG